CGCUCAAAACUUCCAGAAGCUCUCCCACCUUCCUCCUGUCCCAGUCGUGCCACCGGUCAGCGCCUUGCCAACGUUUCCAGAAGGCCUCUACCGUGCGAUUUGAUUCCGUGACCCGUUGCUCGUCGCCCAAUGUCUUUGGCGCGUUCAGCCAGCGUCCCUGGUGGUCUGACAAUCAACACCGGCGUCGCGAACUCUCUGUAAGCGUUUUGGACUCUGCCCAUCGGCCUACUCAAAGCGCCCGUCUCGCUGCGCUAGGAGUUGCACGCGCCUCAAGAGUAUCAACUGAUAUCAAAUAUUCUCAGGAAUACGACGGCAACUCAGCAACCGGCAGCGGGGGGCUUGUUCGGCUCUGGCAGCUCCUCUGCCAAACCAACGACGACAACCGGGGCCAUGGCGUCCACCGGCGGCCUCUUUGGCGCAGCGCAGCAGAAGACGGGUUCUAACUUGUUCGGCUCCUCAACUGCUACUGCCACUGCUCAGCCAAGCACGGGAGGAGGCCUCUUUGGUGGUGGUGGUGGUGGCGGCGGCAUGACGACCGGUGCUCAACAAGGUCAGCAAGGCACAGGCGGUGGACUGUUUGGUAGCACAGCACAACAGACGCAACCGACACAGUCGACCGGAGGUGGCCUCUUUGGGUCUGCCGCAAACCAACCACAGCAACAGAGCGGGGGCCUCUUCGGACAGUCCGCGCAGCAGCCGCAACAGCAGCCGCAACAGCAGCCGCAACAGCAGCAAAGCCAGAUUGGUGGAGGUCUUUUUGGGUCUUCUACAGUCGCCACUCAACCAGCAACUGGAGGUGGUCUGUUUGGACAGUCGCAGGCCUCGCAAGCCAAGCCAUCGGGAGGACUUUUUGGACAAAGUCAGGCGCCGCAGUCUCAAGUAACUAGCAAUGUUCCUGCCGUACAAAUUAACUACGACAACCUCCAACCGCGAACGAGAUUCGAUGACUUGGCCCAACCUGUCCAAGAUGAGAUUGCUCUCAUUGAUAAGGGAAUUCAACGGGUGAUCAAGAUGAAGGAUGAGAUUGGCGAGUUCAUGCCUCAACAUGAGCGAGAUAUUGAGCAGUUGGGGCGGGAUGUCAAGUUUGUCGAGUCCAAGUUCUGGACCGUGCAAGUCGCUCUGAACCGAGAUAUUCAGACGGUCAAGGUCCUUCAGGACAUGACGAAGAAGAACAUUACCGACGCGCAACUGUCGUUCAAGGCAACAGACAACCUCAAACUGCCCACUCACUACCAUCAGACGGGCCUUUUUGCAGGGCCUACGCCGUCAGCCGACUCCAAUCCUGCGAAUGCGUCAUCGGCACAUGCCAGUGCGCAAGACCUCAUCACGUACUUCAACCGCAUCUGCGACGAUGUCGAAAAGUACAAGACGCGGCUGGACGAGUACCGCGCCGAGAUCGAGCGGGACAUGCCCGGUGUUGAAAACGGCCUAUACGAGCAGAUACGCUCGCUCAAGGACCGACACGCAGCAGCUGGCGGAGGUGUACAGGAUCAACUCACCCAAGUGCUUUCGGCGCUCCGGGAAACAGGCAACGCAAUUGUCACGCAGGCUGGCCAGAUCGCUGACACGAGGGAGCGGCUGUCGCGGCUACAAGCCGGCAUUGUGGACAGCGGCGUUUAUGCGUUGGGAUUGAAGCGAGAGGUAUGAGGGUAGAGGGCAUUCCCCUGGGAUCCGUCGCAGGGAUUGGAUAUUGGUGAGCGGUGCGUGCGACCCGCUCG